CGACUACGCGCCUGUGCGAUGAUUUUCACAGGGAAUUCGAUGCCCAUGCUCGUCGCUGAAAGCUCGCCACGACGGGAAGUGCAGAUCGCCCGCUCUCCUCACCAAUGGGGCCGGCCAUCAGAGUGAGGGGUCUUCUCUAUCUGGUGUGAGCUGCAGGCUGCAUUGCUAAGAAACGUGCGAUAAGUCACUCAGGCACCGAUAUGCGUGCUGGAUACAUCGGACGGUGUGCCUUUACCCCUCGUCUGACAGCACAUCCUGGUUCAGCCUGCUCAACGUGCGGAGUUGUCAUGCGACGACUCCUGGCCAUUGAUAAAUCCACGACGCAGCCUAACAGCGUUUACUGACCUUCAACACUCCUGCUUCACUAGGCUCCACGUCCAAAAAAAUAACGACUUCUCUAAAGAGCACCUCUCCGACGCUGCUCUCCAGCCAGCAAAUACCGGGUUCGCAAUGACCUACACCAGGAAGCAGGUCGUCACUUCCGUCAGCAUUGUGUAUCUCAUCCUCGUCGCUGCAUUGUCCGGAUAUGCCUCGACCCGUACAGACCGACUCUCGAUCCCCAUCUCGAAUGGGCUAUCGUAUGCCACCACAGUCCUCCCAGUCGUUGCCGGCCUGCUCCUCGAGGGCGGCUAUGAUCUCACCAGAGCUCGCGAGCGUCGCCAACGCCUCCCUCGCAGCCAGACGCCCCGCGCGCCACUCGUCAUCGUCGCGAACACGCUUAUCUUCAUCUACUCGACCGUCGUCAUAACCCUCAUGGGCACACACGCAGCUCCACCCUCUGGGCUUGACUGCGGCCUGCGAGAGAGCUGGACGGCAAUGUAUAGCCACAAGAGAGUUGAGCGAAUAAAAACGAUACAGGACGUGUUCAACUGCUGUGGGCUGAAGAACUCCCGCGACAUGGCGUGGCCGUUUCCUGAUAAGACCCACACCCCACGCUCGUGCGAGGAGACUUUUGGACGCACAAAUGGAUGCCUGGGACAAUGGAAGGCUGAGGAGCAGCGGGUAGCCGGUAUCCAGAUGGCUGUGGUGGCGUUAGUCUUUCUCUGGCAGUUCGCGAUCAUUGCCAUCCCGACGAAGCGAGAGUCCUGGCUUCAUCGAGUCGUCCCAGACCGUGUCUCUCGCAUGAUCGCGGAUGAAGAGCACGGAAACGGUGGCUCUCAAAGGGCGAUCGAUUACCUUCCCGACUUUGGCCGCUAUUCGGAUAGAGUAGCUGAGGAAGCAAGCGACGGUGAAGCAGAGAAUGGGACUCCACGAGCUAUUGAGGGAGGCGCGCAGCGGGUGAAGAAUGCUCUACCUGGAGUGAACAGUGAGCGGCAUGAAGAGCAACCGACCGUCGAGAACGAGUGGGCCGCAUCCUAAAGGCUCCACGGAUAACACCGCGGUCAACCAUGCUCUAUAUCCGGCCGUUUAUGUGCCUCUCGCGGGUCCCAGUAGGGAGGGGAUGAAGAAAUGCGAGUUAUUUCGGCGAUUGCGAUUACUUGGAGGAACGAAGACUGUGCAAAGGCGUAACAGAGGUAGGCAAGUGGGGCACAAAAGGUAAUGACAGCUCUACGGACUUUCGGCAUCACCCAUGAGCAAGGAUUAUAUGGCUCCCCACAACGCUCACUGGAGAUAGGUAGUCAAUUCCACAGCAUAUAUCAACCCUUACCAUACCGCUCUUGCUUUGUUGGCCCCAUCUGACGUCAC